GUCCCGCCUCCGGGUCCCCGCCCUUCCCACAUCCGAGCCAGCGGCCGCUCCGACUAGCCGCGCCGGCACCGAAGGGGACGAGGGAAGCAGCCUAGCCGCCCGUGUGGGGGGCAGCGACGACCCCGCCCCACCCCUUCGAUCAGCUCCGCUCGAGCGGUGGUGCCGAGGGAGCCCGGGCUCGCGUCCCUUUAGCUCGCCCCUCUGUUUUCUCGGCCGGCCGGCCGGAGCCAAGCGGCGCCAUGGGCUGCACGGUGAGCGCCGAAGACAAAGCGGCCGCCGAGCGUUCCAAGAUGAUCGAUAAGAACCUGCGGGAGGACGGCGAGAAGGCGGCGCGGGAGGUGAAGCUGCUUCUCCUCGGUGCGGGAGAGUCUGGGAAGAGCACAAUUGUAAAACAGAUGAAGAUUAUCCAUGAAGAUGGAUAUUCAGAAGAGGAGUGCCGACAAUACAAAGCAGUGGUUUACAGCAACACCAUCCAAUCCAUCAUGGCUAUAAUCAAAGCCAUGGGUAACCUGCAGAUUGACUUUGGUGAUCCUUCUAGAGCAGAUGAUGCUCGCCAGUUGUUUGCACUCUCUUGCACUGCAGAGGAGCAGGGAAUCAUGCCAGAGGACUUAUCCAAUGUGAUUCGGAGGCUGUGGUCAGACAAUGGAGUCCAGGCCUGCUUUAAUCGUGCCCGGGAGUAUCAGCUGAAUGACUCUGCAGCUUACUACCUGAAUGAUUUGGAGAGGAUAGCCAAAAUGGAUUAUAUUCCAACUCAGCAAGAUGUGCUGAGAACCAGAGUGAAGACUACAGGCAUUGUAGAGACUCAUUUUACCUUCAAGGAUUUGCAUUUCAAGAUGUUUGAUGUGGGAGGCCAGAGGUCUGAGAGAAAAAAGUGGAUCCAUUGCUUUGAAGGAGUUACAGCCAUCAUCUUCUGUGUUGCUCUUAGUGCCUAUGACUUAGUUCUGGCAGAAGAUGAAGAAAUGAAUCGGAUGCAUGAAAGUAUGAAGCUGUUUGACAGUAUCUGUAACAAUAAGUGGUUCACAGAUACUUCCAUCAUUCUUUUCCUCAACAAGAAGGAUCUUUUUGAAGAGAAGAUCAUCCAUAGUCCUUUGACUAUCUGCUUCCCAGAGUAUGCAGGGGCCAACAAAUACGAUGAAGCUGCAGGCUAUAUUCAGAACAAGUUUGAGGAGUUGAACAAGAGAAAGGACACCAAGGAGAUCUACACCCACUUCACUUGUGCCACUGAUACCAAGAAUGUGCAGUUUGUCUUUGAUGCUGUCACUGAUGUCAUCAUCAAAAACAACCUGAAGGACUGUGGGCUCUUUUAGCUCUUCAGAUGGCAUCUACUGAGGAACAUAGAAAGGAUACUUGAACUGCUCCAUAUGAGGAAGAGGCUGGUGUUGAUGAAGGGAGGACUGCAUCAUUUAACAACUUCUGCUUCUUAAGUUUUGUUCCAUUCCUUUAAAUAUUCCUAAUGAUGAGACUUUGGCAAUUCUUCCUGUCCAAAGGACAGGGCCCAUUGUUUUCCCUGCUCCGUGCUGUCUAGAUGCCUCCUGCAGGCUGUUGGUCUUCUCCCUAUGCCCACAAAGCCUUACUAAAGUACCAAUGAUUGGUGACUUGCCAUAGUUGUAACAUUUCCAUAUAUGCCCUUUUCUUCUCUUUCUUUAACUGAAAUUCAGAUGGUAGCAAGUCAGAGGGCUUUGGAUGUGUUUGCCAUGCUUUUUAUCUUCUGUUUUUUUAAGAUACAUGGUGGGUUUUUAGUUUUUUCUUUUGCUUUAUUUUUGUCCAAGUAACUUUCUGUCUGACCCUGCCAAAGCAAUCUACAGUCCAUUUGUUUUUGUUUUUAACCUUCCAUCAAGUGGAGCUCUUGCCAUGGAGCAAGUUUUUCAGCUCCUACCUCUGUAAUUUGCACAGACCAGCAAAAAAAAAAAAACACAAAAAAAAACACAAAAAACCACAUUCCUUAAGAGUCAAUUUGUGCAGGAAAAGCUGGUCUAUUGUUUUAUAAGAAACCCUUUUUAAAAAAAUCGUAUUUAAAAUGUCCAGUAGUAAAUGGUUGAGUUGCCCAGUAUGAGCUCAUCUUCUCUAGUAAAUUUGUGCCUUGAGGGUGUCUGUAUGUUUACAUCUGUUCUUUAGUUUGCUUCAGUGUGCAUUGUGUUCAGAAUAGAAUACAGUGGGUUCCUUCCCCUGUUUACCAGCCCUUCUCUCCCUUUUUUGCUGUGGACCAGGCCAAGCUUUUUAUGAGGGGGCAGUGCCCAUGCAUUAAAACGUGUUUCUUCCUGGCCACAGAAUUAGGUUCCUAAGGGCUAAGAUUCCACUAAGCAAUGUCAAACUUCUUUCCAUUCCUUUGUGUCCCACCCCAGGGCCUGAGCGUGCACCUGAGGGUGCUGUAUAAUGUCAGGUCUAUUUUCAUGUCUUUUCUUAGCUCUAACUGUAGUGUCAGCUGAAGAAACGCUGCUGUAUGUAAGCGGUCCUGCCUGCUGUGCAGUUGAUGGGCACUGGGCCAUUAGUAACCGUCAGACGCAGCCUAGCUUUUAUCACGUUUUACCAAAUUGUUCACAUGGUUUGAAAUAAUAAAAAGUAGAAAGAAA